UGCUAGUCUUUCUUAUUUCUCAUGUUGUGAAUGAGAUACCUAGACAGUGCCAAGUAACAAACUAAAAGGAAUAAAAAUGUUCAAAGUGGCAAAGUUUGAUAGCAACAACGUGGCAGAAGAUGCCUACAAGGAGUUAUUUAAGAAGACACCCCCUAUAACUAAUAGGAAGAACAAAAAUAAAAUUCAUAAAGGAAAGGUAACAAAACGUGUUAAAGAGAAAAAAGAUGUUUUGAAAGAAGAAAAGAUAAAGAGUGAGAUAAAAGCGAUUUUAAACAAUAGUCUUCAAUCAGGUACUGUUAAUCUGAAAAAGAAGAAAAUAAAGGAAAAAGCAAGGAACGCACCUGGAAAAUAUGUGUCUCUUUUAAGUCGCAAAAACAAUGAAUUUCCUGAAACCAAUCAAACUGAAGAGUCUCAGCAAAAGAAAAAGAAAAAACGUAAACGUAAAACCAUUCCUCUUGAUGACAAUCCACAAGACUUAACUCCACUAGAUUACAAGCAAAAAAAGAUUCAAAAAGUGAAAAAUAAGUUGUUACAAGCAAUAAACCCCCAACCUGAUGGCCCACCAAAAAAGCAAAAACAGGGCGAAAAGUCGUUAAGGGAGCGAAUGAUGGAGAAAUUACAAGCUGCCAGGUUUCGUUACAUCAAUGAACAAAUUUACUCAAAUGAUAGUAAAGAAGCUCAGAAGAUUUUUAAAGAGGAUCCAGACGCGUUCAAGGCCUAUCAUGAAGGCUACAGACAACAGGUUACCAAAUGGCCUUUAAACCCGCUGGAUGUGAUAAUAAAAAGUGUAAAAAAAAUGCCAAAAACACACGUCGUUGCCGAUUUUGGUUGUGGUGAUGCUAAAUUGGCUCAAUCGAUAAAACAAAAAGUACAUUCUUUUGAUUUAGUUGCCACAAAUGAGGCCGUGACUGCGUGUGAUAUGGCACACGUGCCUUUGGAGAAUAAUAGUGUUGACGUUGUUGUCUUUUGCUUGUCUCUAAUGGGGACAAAUCUGCACGAUUAUCUUCUGGAAGCCAAUAGAGUGUUGGUUUUGGGAGGAAUUUUGAAAAUUGCCGAAGUCGAGAGUCGCUUUGACGAUGUUAACCAAUUCAUUGAAGGAGUGAAACGGUUUAAUUUUAAAAAUACCUGGAAGGACUUGUCCCACAACUUAUUCUAUUUUCUGGACUUUAGGAAAGAAGGCAACAUCAAAAAUAGAAAGAAAUUGCCAACGUUAAGUUUAAAUCCGUGUUUGUACAAAAAACGAUAACAAUUAAACUAGUAAAGUUUGAUUCAUAAAGGG